GGGAGUGGAUCCACCGCUCGCUCCACUCUAAUCCCGUCUCUCUGGGCUCGCUCACUCAGUCGUCCGCCAUGGCGACCGCGCAAAGCCUCCUCUCCCGCACCAGCAACAUCUGAAAACUCACCCGGACCUCUCCCUCUUUCCCCGGACGCCUGAACGUGCAUGUGACAACUCGCUUGUGCUGGGGAAAUUACAUACGUGUGGAAGGAGAAGCCCGCAUUAGGAGAGAGCAGGGCGGUAGUCCACAGACAGGAGCAGGAUGGCAGAGGCAGACCCAGAGCCCACAGUGUCUGGAGCAGGACAGCGCCUCGGGGCCCCGGAGACUCUGGGCAUCAGCACCCUGGACCCCGGGCACAGACCCCCUGCCAUGCCCCCCGGACGCCAAGUCACCAUCAGGGUCCGAAUGCUCGAUGAUACAGAGGAGCUGUUUGACAUCUCGAAAAAAGCCCCAGGGAAGUUGCUGUUGGAUCUGGUGUGCUCCCAUAUGAACCUCAUCGAAGGAGAUUACUUCGGCCUGGAGUUUCAGAACCACCAAAAGAUGAUGGUUUGGUUAGAUCACAUUAAGCCUAUUAUAAAGCAGCUCAGACGGCCUAAACACACCAUUCUGAGAUUUGCUGUGAAGUUCUUUCCUCCUGACCACACUCAGUUACUUGAAGAACUGACAAGAUAUUUAUUUGCUCUUCAGAUCAAGCAGGAUCUCUCUUGUGGUCGCCUAACGUGCAAUGACACCAGCGCCGCACUAUUGGUCUCCCAUAUUAUCCAAUCUGAGAUUGGGGACUUCGAGGAGAGCCAGUGCCGGUCACACCUCCUCAACAACUCUUACAUCCCAGAUCAGAUGCCCCUUAUCGACAAGAUCAUGGAGUUUCAUUCAAAGCAUAUAGGUCAAACACCAGCAGAAUCGGACUAUCAUUUAUUGGAGGUGGCUCGGAGGUUGGAGAUGUACGGAAUCCGCCUGCACCCCGCCAAGGAUCGGGAGGGGUCCAGUUUGAGUUUAACAGUGGCACACACGGGCGUCCUGGUCUUUCAGGGACAUACCAAGAUCAACGCCUUCAACUGGUCUAAAGUGCGUAAACUGAGCUUCAAGAGAAAACGAUUUCUUAUCAAACUGCGACCAGACCUGAAUGUACGUGAUAAGAGCUCAUACCAGGACACACUGGAGUUCCUGAUGGCCAGUCGGGAUUGCUGUAAAGUCUUUUGGAAGAUUUGUGUAGAGUACCAUGCCUUUUUCCGGCUUUUUGAGGAGCCCAAACCCAAGCGUAAGCCUGUGCUUAUGUCACGCGGAUCGUCAUUUCGUUUCAGCGGGCGCACGCAGAAGCAGGUGAUUGAUUACGUGAGGGAGUCUGAGUUUAAGAAGAUCCCGUUUGAAAGGAAACACAGCCGUGUCCAGUACAACACUCGAGUGCAGCAUAACAGCAGACUGUCACCUUUGCCUUCACCCAGACACCAUGAAGUGCCAGACCUCGGCGCCCCGGGGGAGAGAGUGGACUCUCCUCACCGUCACUGGAAAGACUCAGUGGUUGUGAGCGCGGAGGACCCUGCAGUGUCCCGGAUCACGCGGGCCAGUCCGUACCACCAGAGGAACGGGCACGAGGAGCGUCCUGUGCCCAGACCAUCUGAUGAGACCCGGAGUCCUGCCAGACCCACCAACAUGGACGCCCCAAAUAUAGGUGUAGUCACGCCCCACCAGCCCGUCUCCCCGUGCCACUCCCUGGGCCUGGUGAACGGGCAGAAGUCCCUGGACCUGUGCAGCCUGAGUCCAGACGGUCGGCAGCCCUCUCCUCUGACCAGCCCCCUCCUCAACGAUGCCUGCAGCAUACGCACUGAUGAUGAGGAUGAUGUACGGAGGAAGCGGUUUCCGACAGACCGGGCCUACUUCAUUGCCAAGGAGCUUCUGACCACAGAGAGGACGUACGUGAAGGAUCUGGAGGUGAUCACGGUGUCUUUCCAGAGUGCCAUAGGAAAAGAUGAGUCCACCCCUGACUCUCUGAAGACCACCCUGUCCUCCACGUUUGAGCCUCUGCACAGAUUCCACACAGGGUUUCUCAGGGAGGUGGAGCAGAGACUGGCCCUAUGGGAAGGACGAUCAAAUGCCCACAUUAAAGGAGAUUACCAGCGUAUUGGAGAUGUAAUGUUAAAGAACCUACAAGCCUUAAAGCCCCUGACAACCAACCUACACAAGCAGUCGGACAUCCUGGUGGAGCUGGAGAAGGCGUGCCGGCUCUCGCGUAGGCUGGAGACCCUCUGUAGAGACUUUGAGCUUCAGAAAGUCUGUUAUAUCCCUCUCAACGUGUUCAUUCUGAGACCCUUACACAGACUCAUCCACUACAAGCAGAUCCUGGAGCGACUAUGUAAACAUUACCCAGCAACACAUGUGGACUUUAGAGACUGCAGAGCGGCUUUAGCUGAUGUAUCAGAAGUAGUGGACCAGCUUCAAACAAGCUUAAUCAAGAUGGAAAACUUCCAGAAACUUUUGGAGCUAAAAAAGGACUUAGUUGGCGUGGACAAUCUUGUCGUCCCAGGGCGGGAGUUCAUUAGGUUAGGAUGCCUCAGCAAGUUGUCUGGAAAAGGUCUUCAGCAGCGAAUGUUUUUCCUGUUCAGUGACGUCAUAUUGUACACAAGUCGAGGGAUGACAUCAACCAAUCAGUUUAAAGUCCACGGGCAGCUGCCUCUCCGUGGGAUGACAAUCAGAGAGAGUGAAGAUGAGUGGGGUGUGCCUCAUGCCUUCACAUUGGUGGGAGAGCAGCAGUCAGUGGUGGUAGCAGCAAGUUCACUGUCAGAAAUGGAAAAGUGGAUAGAAGAUUUAAAAACAGCAAUAGAAGCAGUCAAAAUCAGCAACGGACCAUCCACAGAUCUUCUGAUGAGCAACCUCAACGACAACAAAUGCCCGGAGGACUCCUCGGCAGAGGCGGAGUCUGAAGACGAGACACCGCACGUGCCCUCCGAAAGGUCCACUCCUCACCGUGGUAACACCAUGGUGCACGUGUGCUGGCACAGGAACACCAGUGUGUCCAUGAUGGACUAUAGCAUAGCUGUGGAGAACCAGCUGUCUGGAAACCUCCUGAGGAAAUUCAAAAACAGCAACGGCUGGCAGAAGCUCUGGGUGGUCUUCACCAACUUCAGUCUGUUUUUCUACAAAUCCCACCAGGAUGACUACCCGCUGGCCAGUCUUCCACUCCUGGGAUACUCUGUCACAAUCCCCAACGAAUCUGAAAACAUUCACAAGGACUAUGUAUUCAAGCUGCAUUUCAAGUCCCAUGUCUACUAUUUCCGAUCCGAGAGUGAAUACACUUUUGAAAGAUGGAUGGAGGUGAUCCGCAGUGCCACAGUGCCUGCCAGUCGUGGCCGUGUCCUCAACACUAAAGAGCUCCAUGUGCACUGAAGCUGGCUCACGUUCUGCUCACACGCUCUGGGUAGCAUCUGCCCUCUCUGCUCUUUCCUCUUUGGACUUUUGAUUUUCUACACAUAUCUGGGACAUUUGUACACGUGUCCAUGCACAUUUUGGUGCUUUUUUAUGCUUUAAUGGUGACAUGUCCGCUGGUUUAGACUGCAUCAGAGACUGCAUUUUUGCUCAACUCUUGAAACCUCUUUUUACUGGUGCCAUUUUAUACAGUUUUCUAAAGGUCUCAGUCCUUACAGGUUUUCUGGUUUAAUUGUAUUGUUUUUACAGUUGAAAUAUUCUGAUAUAGAUUUUCAGUAUUCUUUAUAGAUAGUCAAACUAUCACCACAACUAUUGCAUUUCUUUUUAAUGUAAAACUAUGAACAUGUCCUUAAUUUUCAGUGCCAAACUAAUUUUCUAUCUCUUUCUAUGGUCCACAUGCCACCCUUUAAGCCUAAUGCUCUUUUCAUACCUGGCUUACAAUGUGAUCACUAAACUAUGAAAGUAUUUUGAUGACUUUUUUUUAGCCCACGGCAUAGCCAGGAAGGUGCCAUUAUCACUAACGCCAUUUCAUGUGAAGUAAAUAUUUGUUGUAGCGUUCUUGUAUGGAUACUUAUCAUUUAUGUUUGUUUUAUAAAUUAAUUCACCUCUUGUAAGAGCAAAUGUGAGUUCAUAAUCUUUGUAUUAUGAAGGUUAUUGUUAUGAAAAGCUUUAAAAAGAUUAUGUGUGAAAUGAAAUAGUGACUUUCAGUUCCAAGCUGUUUGCCAUCAGCUGAAGUAGAAGGCUGCUUCCUGUAUGCACAGAUCCAAUGUGGGUCUAAUCGAAUGGUAAUAUGCAUUUGAAAAGGUUUUGCAGUAAAGUAUAUUAAAUGGGAAACUUUCCAUGCAACA